AUGCUCUCCGCCUUCACGGCUCGACCGAUAAUCGAGCUGCGGGACCGGGACAAGUCCAAGAUCGAGACUAUUGUUGCAUACGGUGACCGUGUCCUCGUGGGACUCAACAGUGGCGCGCUCCGCAUCUACCGUCUCAACCAGCCGACAAUUACAGAGAACGGCAGCACAACAGAUCCGGGCGGCAAUGAUGGGGAGCGGCAGGCGACAUCGGCAUCGAACUCCGCGGCCAGUAGCACAAAGCCCACAGACCUCUUGCGUGAGGUAGAACGGUUCUCAACGCGAUCGAUAGACCAGCUGGCCAUCAUCAAGGAGGCUAACACGAUUGUCUCGCUGUCCAACUACCACGUUUCGCUGCACGACCUGCAAUCGUACGAGCUCAUCGAGACGCUGUCGCGAACCAAGAACGCCUCGUGCUUCGCCGUCACGUCCAAUAUUGUCAAGGAUGCCGACACAGGCAUCCCCGAGAUCAUCAGCCGGCUGGCUGUAGCGGUCAAGAGGCGGCUCCUGCUGUGGAGCUGGCACGAGAGCGAGCUGGAUGACGAGGAUGUGGCUGAGAUAAGCCUUCCGGAGACGAUACGGUCGGCGACGUGGGCGAGCGCGACAAAGAUAUUGUGCGGCAUGAAUGGGGGCUACGUCAUGGUGGAUGUGGUCACACACGCCAUGGAGGAUAUCGUGAGCCCCGGUUCUGUGGCUGCCGCCGGAGGUAGCCAGGGAAGUCGGUUUGGCGCCUUUAGCGGUGCUGGGAUGGGAUACAUGGGCCUUGGAGGGUAUAUGCCCAGACCGCUAGCGACGAAGUUGAAGGACGGAGAGAUGCUCCUAGCUAGGGACAUCAACACGCUCUUCGUCGAUGAUGAGGGAAAGGCCCUCGACCGCAAGCAGAUCCCCUGGCAGUCUGCCCCGGAAUCCGUCGGCUACUCGUAUCCUUACAUCCUAGCGCUGCUCGCCCCCUCCAAGGGCUCGCUCGAGGUCCGCAACCCCAACUCUCUGUCUCUGCUGCAGAACAUCUCCCUCCCCGGAGCGUCGCAGAUCCAUUUACCCCCUCCGACUGUCAGCUUGGCCCACGCCGGCAAGGGCUUUCACAUCUCCAGCGACAGGUGUGUCUGGAAGAUGGGUGCCACCGACUACGACUCCCAGAUCGACGAGCUGAUAGGCAGCGAACAUUACGACGAGGCCAUUAGCAUCCUGGGAAUGCUCGAGGAUGCCCUGCUGCGCAACAAGACCGAGACGCUACGUGAGGUCAAGAUGCGUAAAGCUGAGGUGCUCUUUUCCAAGAAGGACUUCAGGCGAUCCAUGGACCUGUUCAAUGAGGACGACGUGCAUGCUCCUCCUGAGAGGGUGUUAAAACAUUUCCCCCGGCGCAUAGCUGGAGAUCUGUCGGUGUGGCCCGAGGAGGAGCCAGAAAGGGAAGAGGUGGGCGAAGAUGAGGGGAGCGGCGAGGAGGGUAAUAAGGCGGAAGAGGCAGAAGGGCAGGAGGAGAACAAGGAAGCAACAAAGGCAGACGCUACGGAGAAGAACACCAACGGCAACAGCAACAGCACCGGUACCAGGUCUAACAGUCCCGAAACACCUCCUGCGGCACCCUCGUCACCAGGACCUGGCGGUGCUCUGGCCAAAUUCUUCGGCGGAAAGAGGACCCUGUCGGAUACGCAAUCCAUCGCGUCGUCCAAGAGGAAUAGCUUGGAACAUGACGAAGCAGAGCGUGUCAAGGCGGAGUUGGCGGCCGCGAAGCCCAGGCCCCUGGAUGGCAAAGACCUGACUAGCGCUGUCAUCGAGCUCAUCAGCUACCUCGCCGGCACGCGUGCUCGCCUUCAGCGCGUUAUCGACCCCGUGACGGGCAAGCUGAAGCGCAGCAGCAACUUCGAUCAGAAGAAGGCAAACGGAACGGGACUAUCCCGAGACGACGAGGAUGCGGAGAAGCUGCUCCGGCUAACGCCAACCGACUCGGAGAAGCAGCAGGAGCAAGAGCUUGUGUCCACAUUCCGGCUGGUGGACACGACGCUGUUCCGGGCGUACAUGCUGUCUCGCCCUACGCUGGCAGGCCCGCUCUUCCGCAUCCCCAACUUCUGCGACCCGGACGUGGUCAACGAGCUGCUCCUGGAGAAAAAGAGCUUCACAGAGCUUGUCGACUUCUUCUACGGAAAGAAGCUGCACAAAGAGGCCCUCGAGCUUCUCCGCCGCUUCGGCACGUCGGCGCACCCUGACCCGGCGGCGCCUGCACUUCACGGGCCCGACCGGGCAAUCCGGUACCUGCAGAGCCUGCCGCCUUCAGAAAUCGACCUGACGCUCGAGCACGCCGCUUGGACGCUGAAGGCGAACCCGGACUACGCCAUGGAGAUCUUUGUCGGGGACACGGAGAAUGCGGAGAACCUGCCACGGGAUAAGGUUGUGGCUUUUCUGAGAAAGCAGGAUACUGAUCUCGAGAUGGUCUACCUCGCGCAUAUCAUCGAUGAAUUAGGUGAUCUAACGCCCGAGUUCCACAAUCGACUCGUCGAGCUGUCGGUCCAGAGGAUACGUGGGAUGGACAGAGACGGUGACGAGGGCAAGUGGGAUGACGAGAUGGACAAGUUUCUGGCGUUUCUUCGCCAGUCUUCGCAGUACAGUCUCAGCAAGGCCUUUGGACUUAUCCCGAGAGAUGACGCCGGCUUUUACGAGGCUCAAGCCAUUGUGCUCAGUAACAUGGGGCAGCACAAGCAGGCGCUUGAGAUCUACGCCUUUAAGAUGAAGGAUUAUUCCAAGGCGGAAGAAUACUGCAACCGUGUCAGUCUCUUGACCGAUGAAGAGGCAUCGAAGACUGAGAGCGGGGCUGGCAGAGACAACGACGGAGGGGCAGGCGAAACCCCGACCAUCUACCACACCCUCCUAUCGCUGUAUCUGCAGCCUCCGCGGCCACACGAGAAGGAGCCCAAGCUCGGACCUGCUCUGGACCUCCUCUCGCGGCACGGCUCCCGCCUGCCGGAGAACUCGACCUUGGGCCUCAUCCCAGAUGACCUCCCCGUCGGAGCUCUAGAGUCAUACUUCCGCGGUCGCAUCCGCUCCGUCAACAGCCUUGUCAAUGAGUCGCGCAUCGCGGCGGCCAUGCGCAAGUCGGAGAGCAUAUCGGUGGCGGCGAGGCUGCACCUAGGCGACGACAAGGGUUGGGGCCAGAAUCCGAGCCAAGGCGGACGCAGCAGACACGUCACCAUCACAGAUGAGAGGCACUGCGUCGUCUGCCACAAGAAGCUGGGUGGGGGGAUGCGCCUGGGCGGAGGAGCGGGUAGCGUCGUGGCCGUGCUGGCCGACAACACCGUCGUUCAUUAUGGCUGUCUGGGUAGGGCAACGGGGCAGAGAGGCGAGAAUGCUGCGGCCAGAGUGCCCAGUUGGGGAAGAGGGUUCUAG